AUGGACGAUGAAGACUUCGCGAGCAUACCCACGCGUCCCAUGCGUGUCAAGGUCCUUUACACCUUUGAUAAGGAAAACCAGACGACGUGUCUAGCUCGACUUCCAAAUAUUCUCAAUAUACCUGCUGUCGCCAUCGAUGAGCAAUCUCAAGUCGGUGUCAUCGAGCUGCAGCAGUGCAUCCAGACAAUUGUCACCGCCUCACCCGAGAUCCUGUCUCAGCUUGAUAAUGCCGACUUUUCUGUCUACUCCUUCGACUACAGCGAGUGUGAUGCGCCCGUAGUCGGCCAGGGUCGACUUUCAUCGCUGCUGUCUACCUCCACACCUCAUGUUCAGGCCGACAAGACCAUGAUCACUGGCCGAGUCUGCAAAAACAUCGCUCUCUUCAACAAUGGAGUCAAGGAGACACUUGAAGUCAAGUUCAAGUUGACGCCUAUAUCGAGGCCGUCGCACGCCGAGCUGACGAGGAGCGAUUCUACGCGUAGCCUUAGUUCUGCUACCUCGUCUGGUUUCGACCCCAACGCCUGGAAUAAUCAGAAUAGAGUUCACCAGCAGACGAACGACUACUUCAACAUGGACUUCCUAUCUUCAAGUGGGAAUGGCAACAACGAUGCACAGUCAUUAGAAGCCAUGUUUGGUAUGGGCGCCGAAAAUAGUGGCCAUGUCAGCGGCGGGCUUCAGCAGUCGGGAGUUGUGGGAGCCCCAGAGACCCCGAACAACGCAACCUUUUCUUACAACCCCGCCUUUUCUUCCCAGUCUCACAGCGCACCAGGCACCCGAGCUGGAAGCCCAAUGAUGACUUCCAAACCCAGCCAGCGGAAUCACGAAUUACGUCACCAGAGCUUCUCAGGAAAUCCGUCUGAAAUUGCGGAACAAAAUCGGCCCGUUUCACGUGGAAGUGUAAGAAGUGAAUCUGGCACAUCGCACGCACAACGACAGCCACCAAAGCAGGCCUUCGAACAACAACAAGCUCAGCCACCGACUGAGGUCUUCUAUAAUGAAGAUGGCCAGCCUCGCAAGCGAGUCAAGGUCACCCAGGCUGACUGGCGCGGCAAAUCCUCUUUCGGCUCAAAGUCAUCCGAUCUUCGCGUUACCGCCGCGACUGCUUCAUCGAUGCAUAUGUUUCGUCCUAUUGCCAAGAAGCCUUCUGCGCCUGGCAGUGACCUUGAACCGCCACCUCGCGUCCCAACACCUGUUCCAAACCGAACCAGACCUUUUCAAAGAAUGCCGUCUGCGCCCGUGCGUAGCGCACUUCGACAAGCUUCCGUCGCGGAGUCUGAUUUCAUGUCAGACGUGGAGCCAAUGUCGGAUGCAAUGACUUCUCCUGAGGGCAGCUCUCCCGGAAAUAGUGCUAAUGGUGAAACGCCCAUGGACAUACCUUCGUCGCCUCCUAUUGUACCAGGCUACAACAUGCCCCAACCUAGUAGUCCUGGUCUGCCUACACUGCCCCCGUCUCGCAUGGUUGAUAGUGGAUACAUGAGCGAACGUGGAUUUCACAGCGGUGCGAUCAUGGAGAGUUUGGAAGACGACGAGAAUCGUAGUCCGGAUGCUGAAGACCUGGAAAUGGCUGCUCAUUAUCGACCUCGCAAUUCUCUGCACGGAUCCAUCGUUAAGACCGAAGGAUCUCCCGUGGAAGAUAUGCCAAGUGCUUAUCGAAUGUCCUCCGAGGUUCCUCACGACCUGCCCAUCGAUGUCCACCCACUGCCGGACUCUGCAGGUCAUCAACGACCACGAGCAAUGACCACAAGCACUGCAAUGUCUCCAGGCGAAGACCAGACGCCUAUGCCAGAAGCUGAAGGCUCCAGACGCGGUAGUUUAGCCUUGCCGCCACAAGUACCACAGCCAAAGGCCUCGUCCAGACCUCCGCCCAAGCAAAAGCGAGGACCACUGCAGCGAUCCAGGACUACCACAAAUGACUCAGAGGCCGGAUCACCUGCUCCCAGUGAUACCGAGGGCCGUCCACGUGGCGGAGGCCGGUCAGGCUCGGGUGCUCCACGUCGCAUCGCGAUCGAGAAGAAGCUUCAGCAGUCGAUCGCAAACGGCGAGAUGCCCAUGUUCUGCUCUCAUUGUGGAGCAAUUGAAACACCAACAUGGCGAAAAUUAUACGUGAAGAACGUGGACGGCAAGCCUGGCAGACUAGAUUCUGUGGAAGGCGAAGGCGAGACGAUUGGCAUCGAAGUCACGGAGCGUGACGAAGAUGGUGAAUCUACCAAAUUUGUGAUUCGCAAAAGCAUGAAAAAGACCAAGAACUUUCUACCUGGUGUAGGUUUUGAAGACACUGUUGUCUGCAACCCUUGUGGUUUGUGGUUCAACAAGUUCCGAGCGAUGCGCCCCCCGGACAGGUGGAAGCGAAAGUCGGCAUCCCGGAAGUCGAAGAAGAUGCGGGCAGAGGACUUCACAGAUGGCCCUGAGCCUCGAUCUGAGGCGUUCUUGACGGAUCAGGUCAUUCCAGAAGAGGCCAUCAUCGAAGAAAACGAGCCCGAAGAUGAUGCUAAGGAAGGUGCUGCAGAUGUGCCCCAACCACAAGCAGCGCCCAGCGCUCGGCCACGAGCGAACAGCAUGCAAGUUCAGUCGCGCCGAGCUACCAGUGAUGAUGGCAAUGUCCGCCGGCCACAUCGAGACCCUGCGUUUAUGCGCGCCAUCCAGUCAAGUCCAGUCCGACCUCAAGGCUCUCAAGAUAGCCCGAUUGAGCUUGACGUAACGCCAGAGCAACCCACGAGACGUCUCCUGUUCCCAUCGCCCCGUCGCGAAGGUGAGGAGAAGACGCUCAAUGGCGAAGACAUUCCACGCCCUCAGUCUGCACCUUCUCCAAGCAAAGGCUUGGGAGGUAAGCAAUCUGAGAAAGUUGUCUUGAUCGCUGAGCAGACUAAUGUCAACGUCUUUGAGGCCUUCACCUACGACAAAGAGAACAUGGCGCCGCCGAUCGAUGAGAAUGACGAUCUUUCGCAUCUGUUCGAAGGCUCGCCAAGCGCUGUCUUCAAGACUCCUGCGCGCAAGACGCCUUCGAAGAACACGCCUCGAUCACGAAAGCAGCAGCAUUUCGAGGAUCUGCUGAAGACACCGACGCAAAACAGCCGCAAACGCAAACCCCUCACUCCGAACGCCAACGCGGCAAAUAGUGCCGACAUGAGCAUGAACGACUUCAUGACAUCCCCCUCGUCAUCCCGCUACUUCCUGCGCUCUACUCCAAGCAGACUCGACCGCACUCCAGGUGGCCGCAGUGUGAGUGGCAGUAGCCAAGGACGAAAUGGAGGCAGCAAUGAGGUGUCGCCCUUUUCCAGACACAUUGCACAAAUGCUCAACGAUUCAACCAACGGUUUGAGCGACCCAGCUACUUUCACUAGCCCGAACAGGCAAUUCGACUUCAGUGAUUUGCCAACUUUCACAACUCCAGGCAGAGACAUGGACUGGAAGGGUUUAGAUGAAAUCCUGAGUAGUGAAUUUGCUGGAUUCUCGGAGGGUAACGGUAUGGACAUGGGCGAUGCUUAG